UACAUGCUCGGAGCCUACACGAAAGGCGGGGCAGGUAUAAAUGUUACUUGGAGGUCAUAUGCAACGGCAUAAUCGUUGAAUUCUUUAAGCCAGUACCUACUAUGUUUGCGAUAUUAAUUUCUUUUGUUUGUUGGGUGGUCCUAGCAGAAGGGUACCAUAAUGGGGUGACUAUAGGACUUACACCUUAUUCCCAUCCGGUCCUUUCCCAAUAUCACGCACAAGAUGUCUUGGGCCAAUAUUCCUACGGAUAUUCCACACCCACAGCGACAAAAUCCGAAACUAAAACUGUUGAUGGUGUUACACAAGGUGGGUAUUCCUACAUUGACUCCAAUGGUCUUCUUCAGUCUGUCAGCUAUGUAGCUGACCCAGUUCAUGGCUUCCGAGUUGCCGCUACUAACUUACCGCAAGAUUUACCUGACGUUGCUUAUGCCAAAGCAAAACAUCUUGCUGACUAUCAAGCAAUUAAGGAUGAACACGCAAGGGCACGCUAUGUCCUUCCACAAGCUAUCCACGCAGGUGGUCUUGUAGUUCAGGACUUACCGGAGGUUGUUAGAGCUCGCGCUGAACAUCUUGCUGCGGUACAAGCUACCCUUGUAGCGCAUCAGACUCAUCACCUACAACAGCAGUUGCCUGCCGUUGUACAGGAUCUGCCUGAGGUGAUUAAAGCACGCGCCGAGCAUUUGGCCGCUGUCGAGAAUAUCAAAGCACGCGAUGCCGCCAUCAGCCUCAGUCCGGUUCAUUUACAUAACAACGUAGCACCGGUGCAUUAUCACGUCGCACCACAACCAACUUACGUCCCAAUUCAACCAAUCACCUACCAUCCUGUUGGAUUGACAUCGCAGUACCAUGCGCAAGAUGGCUGGGGUCAAUAUUCCUAUGGAUACACAGGUCCACUCAGCUCAAAAUCAGAGACCAAGUCUGCUGAUGGUGUUACCAGAGGCGGGUAUUCUUAUAUUGACGCAAAUGGUAUUUUGCAAACCGUACAUUAUGUAUCUGAUCCUGUCAAUGGCUUUAGAGUGGCUGCAACCAACUUACCACAUUAGUACAUAACCAAUAAUAAUAGUUAUAUGUUAAAUAUAAUUUUCAUAAAAAUCCAAUGAUGCAAUCAUGCACAACGAUUGAAUUUUUAAUGCGAAUGUUACAAUCGUUGUUUGUUCAUGUAGAACUAAGUAAAUUAAAUUUUAAUUUGAUUUAUAUCAUGAUUAAAUAGAUUGCUUUUGUUGUGAUAUUAUUUGUACAAUAAAUAAAUAAAUAUUAAAACAAA